CCAUUUCCCUUCUCUUCAUCAUCAGAUUCACACAAAGCAAAAACCAUAUAAAUCAAUUUCAAUCCUUUUGUAUAGAAUCUGUAAUACAAUUUGAAGGUUUUAACAAUGGCGUUAGCUUUUACUUCUUCUACUUCCAUUGCAUUUUCUUCCUCUUCUUCUUCGUCACGAACAGAACAAGGGAUUCAUGUGAGUUCUACUAAAUUUCAACCAUCGGAUGUGUCUCAUUUGGUAUCACCGGCGGUUUUCAAUUUAUCUCGGAAGCGGUCUGCCGCCGUGAAGGCGUUGAAUGCCGAACCGCGGCGGAAUCAUCCGGUUGUUCCUUCAGCUGCCACCACUUUUGCUCCUGAUGUAGUCGAGAAAGCGGUCGAAGUUGAGGACUUUGAAAAACUAGCAAAAGAUCUUGAAAAUGCUUCCCCACUUGAAAUCAUGGAUAAAGCCCUCGAGAAAUAUGGCAAUGACAUUGCUAUUGCUUUUAGUGGCGCUGAGGAUGUUGCGUUGAUCGAGUAUGCCCACCUCACCGGGCGCCCAUAUCGCGUAUUCAGUCUAGACACCGGCCGAUUAAACCCUGAAACCUACAAAUUCUUUGACACAGUAGAGAAACAUUACAAUAUUCGAAUCGAAUACAUGUUCCCGGAUUCAGUAGAAGUCCAAGCAUUGGUAAGAACCAAAGGCCUAUUCUCAUUUUACGAAGAUGGGCAUCAAGAAUGUUGUCGUGUAAGAAAAGUGAGACCAUUGAGGCGAGCACUAAAAGGGCUCCGAGCAUGGAUCACGGGUCAACGGAAAGACCAAUCGCCCGGAACCCGGUCAGAGGUUCCGGUUGUUCAAGUGGACCCGGUUUUUGAAGGAAUGGAUGGGGGUUCGGGCAGUUUGGUGAAGUGGAACCCUGUGGCUAAUGUGGGUGGGAAUGAUGUGUGGACCUUUUUACGGACCAUGGAUGUCCCGGUUAACUCGUUGCAUGGUCAAGGGUAUGUUUCGAUUGGGUGUGAGCCGUGCACUCGGGCGGUGUUGCCAGGUCAGCAUGAGAGGGAAGGAAGGUGGUGGUGGGAGGAUGCGAAAGCGAAGGAAUGUGGAUUGCAUAAAGGAAAUAUUAAGGAAGAGAUUGUGAGUGGGAAUGUUAAUUCGAAUGAUGGUGCUUCGGAUAUCUUUAAUGGUAAUGAUAUUGUGAAUUUGAGUCGACAUGGAAUGGAAAACUUGCUUAAAAUGGAAGAUAGGAAAGAUGCUUGGAUUGUUGUUCUUUAUGCACCUUGGUGCCAAUUUUGCCAGGCAAUGGAAGCGUCAUACGUUGAAUUGGGUGAGCAGUUGGCGGGAAGUGGUGUGAAGGUUGGAAAAUUUAGAGCAGACGGCGAUGAAAAAGCGUUUGCUCAACAAGAAUUGCAGCUCGGGAGCUUUCCAACGAUCCUUUUCUUCCCGAAACACUCGUCUAGGCCGAUCAAGUAUCCAUCUGAAAAGAGAGAUGUUGACUCUUUGACUAGCUUUGUUAAUGCCUUGAGAUAAUAAAAGAUAAAAAGGUUCAAUAUGUAGAGGGCCCUUUUGUAUAUUUAUGUGGACAUUGUGGGCUAAGUCCCGCUAUUUGGCAUAUGGUGGUGGUGUUGGUUUUGGGUGGUAAGGUGGCGGCGGUGGCUGUCGGAGAUUUUGAAUUUGCUAGUUUUUGAGAAUAUUGGAAUGGAAUAUAAGUUUUUGAA